GCGACGGGCCGCUGCGCUUUGCGGCUCGGGGCGGCCACCUGGAGGUGGUCCAGGUGCUGCUGGCUGCCGGUGCCUCCGUAGAGGCGAAGAACCAAAACGGCGACGAGCCCCUGGCGCUUGCGGCCUUCGAUGGCCACCUGGAGGUGGUCCAGGUGCUGCUGGCCGCCGGCGCCUCCGUCGAGGCGAAGAACGACAACGGUUUGACACCGCUGCUCGUGGCGGCUGAGUGGAGCCACACCGCCGUGGUGGAGGAGCUCCUCGCCGCGGGCGCCGCCGUGGAUGCUGUGGACAGCAGUGGUCGGACACCGCUGCACGGGGCGGCCCGCAACGGCCGCGCCGCCGCUGUGGAGCGGCUCCUCGCCGCGGGCGCCGCCGUGGAUGCUGUGGACAGCGAAGGCAAGACGCCGUACGACUACGCCAAGCAGUAUGGCCGCCGGAAGGUGAUGGGUGUCCUGGACCCGGUAUUUGUGGCCCUUCUCAGUGGCCGGAGCUGCAGAUGCAACUCUGCGCAUGAAACUGUACAAGACUUGAAGGAGGAAGCGGAGCGCAAGUUGGGAACGACUAUCGAGCAUCUCAUUGGCCCCGACAUGCAGCCGCUGAAUGGAGCGAUGACUCUGCAAGAAACCAACAUUCUGCCUGGAAACACCCUGACGGCCGUCCUAGACCCUGUGGUGCUGAAGGACUUCGGCCAUGGGAUUUCGAUGAAGACGGCGCAAUCCGUUUUCGAUGAGUACGGGCCCAGGAUGGAAGUGCUUGCAGACUGGAAGGAUCUGAAGGAUCCAUCCUCCUUGGAGGAAGUGCUCCCUCCCGGACACGUGGCACUGAGCCAACUGGUGCGUCUCAGUCCGGAAGACGUCACGUUUCCAAAGCCAGUGGAGGUUGAGAUGCCAUUAUGUGUUGGUGCGGAAUCUGUUUGGAGAUCAUCAGCCACAGGCUGGGAACGACUACUGGGUGCGAAAUUCAGCGAUGGCCGAGUGGUGGUGGCACUGAGCCACUUUUGUGAUGUUGUGGCCACAGGGCCAUGUGGCCUGAAAGCUGUGGGAUUCAUCGAUCCACACGGUGCAAACGGCAAAGUCGCAUUGCUACACGUGGCGUGCGAGUCGUGUCAGAACAGUUUGGAGCAGCUGUGCUCCGAUGCUGACAUGUUGGGAUCCUUCAAGAAAUGCGGUCCCAGCGUACCGCUGGGAACGUAUCGCCACGACGAAGUCCUGCAGCUCCGUCAAGGGCAAGAAGCGAUGAACAUGAGAGUCAGGUUCCACCGAAUGCCACAGAUUUCCCGGAAACUUGUGGCUGACUCUGCAAGCCACUUCAGUGUCGAAAUUGAAGGGGAUGACCAUCAGUUCGAAGAACUUCGGUCAGAGGCAGCCACGAAUGCAACAGCUUCAAACCCAACAGCAUCGGAUCUCCAGUCAGCUCCAACGACCUCACAGGCGAUGCCCGCGGCCGCGAUGACCUCAGACGUGCCGAUGGCACAGGAGCGGCCAGAGAGAGGUCACCUGUUGCUGAGCGGCCGCUUCAACAGUGAUACGGUCAUCGACUACAUGAAAGCGGUGAAGAGGCGCUUGGAAGAGAGACGAAUACCUGUAUAUAUGGUGCAAGCUCAGGUCGGCCAAAGUUUUGCCGAGCUGACGCGGAUAGGAUUGGGCCGUGCCAAAGGCAUGGUGGCCUUCUGCACUUCGGAGUACGGGAAUUCCACCUUCAUGGCAAAGGAUGGCCCAGAUACCUCGGCAGGGCAUCCCAGAUGUGAGACCUCCAACUUCGGGAUCCACGCUGUUCUAACGUUGGCAGACUAUGCUGGUGUCGAAGCAAUUUUCCAGCACUUGGAUCCCACCGGAAGUGGAACGCUCGGGAAGGAGGAGCUGCUGUCCAUCCUCUCUGGCCUUGGUGUUUCUGAUCAAGAGUCGUCACUCUUGACUUUCAAGUUUCAGCUGUGGGGUGAUUUUCUGUCGCACUCAGACAAGACUUGUCCGAUGUUUUUGCGGAACACAUUGAAAGAUGGCAAGGAAGUCGAAGGUCAGUGGGCUGUGUUAAGGCAAGAUGUUCAGACAGAGCUCAACAUCUCAGAGCCGAAUGACCUUGGUUCCAAGGUGGAAGCGGAGGACUGGCGAUCUGGGGGAAGUUGUUUCCAUUGGGAUCCACAGGGGACAAAGUUUCACAGAGUUGAGAAGUAUUCACGAGGACGUGUUGGCGCGGUAGGCGGAGACAUCCUGCAGGCUGCGAAAGAAGGCAACGUCGGAGCUGUCCGACGCUUGCUGCAGGUGGACCCCCAGAGCCUGGAGCAAGUCGACGAAGAUGGCGGACACCUGAGAAGGGAUAGGCUUGAAG